ACUUACUACAUUCACAUCUAUUUACGAUGAUUAAGAGAAGGUCACCGGAACAUAACAGACUGUUUCUCAAAUUUCAUCUCAAUGUUCGCAACAGCCUUUGCCGUGAACGGAUUCGAUCACACGAUACCGCAAUUGAAAUCACAAAACUAUGAAAUUCUGCUUUCUAUUCCUGGGAGGCUGUAUCUUUCUUCAGUUAUUUUUCGUUCACGGAACAGAUCUCAAUAAAUACCUGGAUGAAAAGUUACGACAGUCCAGGAUAGAAUUAAUCAAGAUUCAUAUCCAACAAACGUCGCCGGUGCAAGAAAGAUCGUAUAAUGUACACUGGAGUAGAUUAUGGCGACAAUAUUUGACGAGCGAGCAUCAACCAUUCACGAUAAAUAUAUUCAACGGGAUAUUCGUUCUCGACGGCAAUCGAGUGAUGGCACCCUCUUUUAACGAGACCCCCUUGAACGAGACCUACCAGGCAUUACACGAAGUUGGUCAGAUUGCGGAAUACAGUAUCAUCAAAUUCGUCAAGAGCAUCGUGUGGAAAGAUACUACCUAUUUAUUGAUGUGUUACGAACUUGGUUCGUGCAGUUUCUAUACGAUUACGCAAAACGGCCUGUUGCGGUUUCGCCAUAACAUCGGACAGACAGGAACCUCCGUGGACGCUGUAUUUUUUGCACAAGACGAUCAACUUUAUCUGGUCAUCGUUAAUAACGCUAAAUUUUCUAUGCCGUCCGUAAUUUAUCGAUGGUACGGCACAUACAUGGACAGCGUCCGCGAGGUGAUGACAAUCGGCGCGAUAUCGGUCACCGCGUUCAGCGAUCGACAAUCGACGAUCAUUGUGUUCGUGAAGAGCGACGCCGAAAUUCCGCACAUCAGUUCCGAGGUGUACGAGUUCAAGGAUAGCAACAUUGCGAGGAUACAAUUCCUCUUCACCGCGCAACCGACUUCGGUGCAUCACUACAUCCACGGCGAUUUCAACUUUGUGCUGAUGAUAAACGAGUUAGGACCGAGUAGCGUGCUUUGCUGGGACGGACGAGAAUUGUUCAAUUGGAUUAGCCUUCCUGAGAUUAAUCCGCAUAGCCUGAUAAAUAUUUUUAACAUGGACGGCGAUACUUUCGUGAUCGUAGCGCACGACAAUAUCAUUCAGUUGUACAAAUCUCAUAGUACGUCCGAUUGGAAGAGCGAGAACAUUCAACAUUUACAAAAUGACCAGAAGAUAGUCGAUAUGGCGGUGUUGAUGAACGGACACGUGAUGAUCUUGAUAUUGGCCAUUCGGGAAAAGGAUGUAUACUGGGUGGAACAGUGGGAGGUCACAAUGACUUGGGUGCCAAGCGAUAGCGCUGUAGAAGAUGCUGGUGUAACAAGGGAAUCCCUGUCGGAUGUGAUUCAAAUGUUGCAGGCGAGAAUGCCGGCUAUAAUGGAGGCUGAGGCUUCCUGGAAACACUUCUUGCCAUUUGCGAAGAACUUAACAAUCUCGGAACCAAUGACAUUCAACAGCUUGGUCCUACAAUCCGGCCAAGUGGAGAACAUUGAAAUUGCGAUGGAGGAGGACAUCUUGCCGCCUCAUCAGAUUGAGGAAGCUCUAGACGAACUUGAGCACGAAAUUCAAGAUAUCGAAACGACAGAGCUGUCAAAAAUGGAAAUAAAUAUAACUGAGGAUAUGUUGAAAACGAUAUCGGACAAAAUUGUGGUUGACGAUGUGUAUUUGGAAGAGCUGGAGAUCGAUCGGGUGAACGUGGAUUUUGUGAACGACGUGGACCUGCGAUAUGUGAACGACAUGCAGUCGGAGAAAAUCAUUCUCCAGGAAGACGGACAAUACUUUCCACAUCAGAUGCGCGUAAAAAAUUUGAUCGUGCAGAACCUUGAAGUUGAUUCUCUCUGUGGAAUUCCAUUCCAGUAUUGGGCAUUAAAAAGUCAAGAAGAAAUUGCACUCGCUGUUGCAAAUAGCACUCCCGAAUAUUCGAACGACACUAUCAUAGUGCAUUCUGAUUUGACAGUGCCGAGGUUGAAUAUUAUGAGCUUGAACGGAACAAUCGUCGAUGAAUUGAUCAGCAAUCUGUUUAUUAUUAAUCAUAGUCAGAAAAUCAAAGGUACACUCAGAUAUGAGAACUUUCUGCAAGUCAAGAAUCUCACAACGCCGAUGUUAAACGGCGUUCCUGUUGAUCAACUCAUGACAACAACAACAGAUCAAAGUUUCGAAGAUUUUUACAUAAAACAUUUGGAGAUCAAACAUUUGCAUGCAGAUACGAUUAAAGGAGUGCCGAUUGAGGAAGUUGCGCGGAAGUCUCGCAAAAACAUCAUUAAAGGUAAACUGACACUGGCGAACCUUCGUGUCACUGAGGAUUUGGUGAUUGACGUAAAUGCGUCUAUGAUAAAAAUACCUCAAGAACGGCCUCUUCAGAUCUACGAAAAUGUCACGAUACUGGGUGAUUUGCAUGUUCAUAACAUCAAAGUCGGCAAGACAGCGAUGCUCUUCGUAAAGGAUGUCCCGGUGAAUGUGAGCGAUAUGUUCGACAGUUUCUGGACAAAAUCGACCAAUCAGACGAUCACUGGAGAAACCAUCUUCGAACGUGGUUUAACUAUCGACAAACUCAACACAAAGUACCUCAAUGGUUUCGAAGAGAGCGACUUUUUGUACACCACGAUGGAGGAGAUACCGAACGAGUUCACCAAUUUGCACUUUGAGAACUUUCACGUUGACGAGUUUCUUUCCGAGAGCGACAAUCUCAGUCUCUUCGAAGUCCAAUCGCACGGAUUUUUAAUUCAGAAGGAAGUGUAUUUGCAAAGUCUUAAAGCGAACGAUAUUCUCACUCUGGCUUUCAACGGUAUCGAUGUGGAUGGCAUUAUGAACGGGACUCAAGUAAAUAUUUCAAGAAUCGCCGACUUUCCCAUCGUUCGAGCGAAUCGCGUGGUCGUUGACAAACUUGGCGUUGGUCUUCUUAAUAACCGCGAGAUUUGCUUCGAGAGUGGACUCCACAUCGACGACGAUCAUCAGCUGUCAAUAUUAAAGAUACCAGAAUUUCAUGUGCGAGAUUUGAAAGUGGAAAGAUUAAACGGUAUGGACAUGAAUCCUCUCGUGCGAUUAAAGGAUUUAAUGCAGUCUGAUGUAGAUAAAAUCGUCAUUGACGGCGACUUGAUAGUGAAAGAUCUCAGGCUCAUCCAAAUGGACAAGGAGCCAAUCGAGAAUUUCUUAGAGAAACUGGCGAAGUCAAAUGAUAUUAUGAUAAUGUCGGAGAAAAGCAUAAAGAAAUUGAUUGUUCGGAACAUAACAUUAGAAUCUCUUCACGGUCAAAAUUUAAAUCAUUUCUUUGCCAGUGUCCUUUCUAAAUCACGAAAUCAAAGGAUACCGGAACACUUCUCGGCUCACAUUGUCAUCUCCGACAACGUCACGGUGGAUUUCAUCAAUGGACAGAACACUUCGGAGCUGAUAUGGGUGAAUAAGCCUAUAACAAUCAACGGAAAUGUGACGUUCACCGAUUUGUUCGUCGAAGGUGAUAUAAUUACCUCGAAGAUGAACGGACAUGAUGUGAACGAGUUAUACGGAAACCUAUUGUAUGUUCCUGCGAGAAAUAUCCAUCUUUUAAAGGUGGAAAAAGAUUUCAAUUGGAAGACACCUUUGUCCGAUCCUACCUCUAUAUCUUACUUAUUGAACAAUGCUGUGACCAACGAUACAAACCAAAUUAUCACAGGCAAUGUGACUUUCACGAAAAGUGUUCACGCAUGGGCGGUCACCGGUUUGUUUAACGAGAUCAACCAAAUUCAGAGCAUAAUAUCGGAUAUCGUGAUGGAUUGCGGUGAACGCAUCGAGAUCAGCGGGAAAAAAUUUUUCGAGGAAAAUUUCGUUGCGGACAGUUUGACGGUGGACGGCGAUGUGAGCAUCGCCAAAGUCAACGACGUGAACAUUCUCGAGUUCAAUGAUUCGGUUGUUAGGAAGAAUUGCGAGGAUACGAUUACUGGUCCGUUAACGUUCCUCAAGGAGGUCACAGUUGAGAGACUCCGUGUGAACAAUGCUAAUCUCAACGCAUCUAUCAAGGCCGCAGUGCGUAUCGGCGAUGUUAUGCCAAACAACAUUUUGUUCAAGAAUCUAGUGGUGCUGCACGACGUGCGUCUAGAAAAUUUGGACGGAAUAAACUUCGACGAAUUCGCGAAGAAUCGCAUUACUCUUAACGGAAAUCACUAUAUUCCGUGUGAUAUAAAAUUUAAUGGUGUCGUUACAGUGACAGGUAAUGCAAAUAUAGGGAAAAUCAAUAGGAUUCGUCCAUCUGAGUUCGUUCUUAAUGACGUUAAUCAAGUGCAGAUAAUAUAUGGCACAAAAACUUUCAAAGAAAAUUUAAUAGUCGACGGAGAUGUUACUGCGCCAUUAGUCAAUAAUGUUAAUAUAAUAAACGAAUAUAAAAACAGUGUGCAAAAUGAUGAAGAUGUUGAAAUCAUUGGAAAUCUUACUUUCAAGGCGAACGUUCGGAUUCAAAAUAUGAAUGUUUCUGGUUUGGUGAACGAUAUAGACGUGCAUUUCGCCGUGGAUGACUUGAAAGAGAAGGUGAAUGAAACUCUUCAAAACUUGGACGAAAACUGGAGAAUAAUUGAUAAAAACAUCGAGUACAGUACUCAAAUUUCCAAGACCUUGCCUAGCAUUUUUUUUUAUCUAGAAGUGGAAGAGUACUUGAGUAUACCUGGGAUCAACAUUACUAAAGUCGACGUAGUUUAUUACGACAAUAGCACGAGAUUAAAUAUGUACAGCGAACUGCCCGGAAGGUUUUGCUCGCUACCAGACGAGUGUCCAUGCGUUUAUCAAUCUAUCGUCAAUCUCACUAACAACGAGGUGCGGACGCAACGAGAAAACUUUGGAAAGAUCGUAAAGAACUUUCACAAUUCAAACGGCAAUCUCGGCAUUGAUGUAAUAUCGAAUGUUGUUUCGAACAGUAAGAAAUGUAUUUCGACGAGAACCGAAGAAGAGUUUACUAGAAUCGCCUGGAUGGAAUCUAAAGAAUCUGAAGAAAUACUCACGGAUAUAUCUGAAAAAAUAGAAGGAUACCUAAAAGACGCCAAGAUGUUUAAACACGAUGGCGAUACAUACAUAGUUUUGGCGAUAUACUACGAUAAAGCACACGCAACGCAUCGUACAAACUCUUUACUUUAUAAAAUGGACGAUGCAAUGAAAAACGCAACGUUAAUCCAAAAACUUUCUACAAACGGUGCUUGGUCCCUUCAGAUCUUCAAAAUCGAUCGUGAAGUGUUCCUUCUCAUCGGCUGCUUCGCCGAAUUUUCACAAUCUCUAUUAUACAGAUUCGAUCCAAUAACACAAAAGUUCGGAGAGAUAACAGCGUUUGCAAGCAGGAGUCGUUAUGUGAAGAAUCUGUCGCAGGGAAAGGAUCAUUUCAUCUUACUAGAUGAUCCUGACAUGCACGUUAUAAACAUUUACAAAUAUGAUUUCAUAUCUCGUAAUUUUUACAAUUAUCAAAAUAUCUUCCAUGUGCAUCCAAUUAAUGGACUCGAAUGCUUUUACACUGCUGAUAUUGACAACAGUGAUGUAUUUGUGAUCGUUACAACGGAGGGUGGACGAUUUUAUAUUUACGAAUAUAUGUUCGCAGGAAAAUUCCAAAUGAGAAUGCAAUUUAUUGUAGACGGCUUACGAAUGAUGAAGCCGUUCUAUCAUAUGAAUCGUCAUUAUAUAUUCGCUGGCACGUACGGCAACAACACAAUUUUCCGUAUUGUGAAACAAGGUCCACAAGCUAAUUCGGAACGCAUGAUGAUGCAGGAGCUUUACUCGGAGAAGUGCCAUCUAUUAAUUAACUAA